AUGGAGAAUAAGAGGAGACAAUCAGCAAAUCUUGCUGAAUUGAAAGAUGAUGAGAAUGCAUCUUAUUCAGUUAUUGAAUAUUCUCAUCUUACAUCACUUGACAUUUCUCAUGUGCAUGAAGAUUAUGUUGUUCAAUUUCUACUUGAAACAAAGACAUAUUUACCUCGUCUAACUGAAUUAAAAGUCAAUUAUGAUCAUUUGGAAAUUGUAACAAUGAAUUUUACAAGAGAUGCAACGCGACUCAAUUGUUCUAAAGUGAAACAAUUAAUUGUUAUAAAUCCAAAACUCUAUUCAAAAGAGUUUUAUCAAUAUUUUCCUUCAUUUGUAAAUUCAAUUCAAUGUUGA